CAGGAGAAGUACUAGCAGGCAAAAUCUCAACCUUGUAACGGAAAAUUAAAUCCACAACGGGAGAGUAAGCGCAUCAUGGGAAGAACAUGUCACCAUAUCAAACCGACACCCAAUACAUCGUAUUAUACCUUAUUCUUCCUUAAAUACCCACCUACAAAAUAACUCUUCUUUCCUCUUCUCUCCCUCUCUAUUUGCACACUGGCCCAGAAGGAAGCGCGAUUUCUUUGAGACGAUCAGAUCGAGGCCGACGUGAGUCAGCCGACGUCGCGCCGCAACUGAUCCACCGCAUGGUGGAGUUACUGUCCACCGUAUGAUGUUCAUCAGGCGGCCGUCGGGGAAGCAGCGGUCUGGGGCGGUACCCGUGCACCUCAACGUCUACGAUCUCACGCCCAUCAACGGCUACGCCUACUGGCUCGGCCUCGGCGCCUACCACUCCGGCGUCCAAGUGCACGGGGUGGAGUACGCGUACGGGGCGCACGAUCACCCGACGACGGGGAUCUUCGAAGGAGAGCCGCGGCAGUGCCCGGGGUUUGCGUUCCGGAAGUCGAUACUUAUCGGGCACACCGAUCUGGAGCCUCGUGAGCUGCGGAUGCUCAUGGAGGAGAUGGCCGCGGAGUACGCUGGCGACACCUACAACCUCAUCUCCAAGAACUGCAAUCACUUCUGCAACGAGGCCUGCCUCCGCCUCAUCGGGAAGCCCAUCCCCCGAUGGGUCAACCGCCUAGCCAGGAUCGGAUUCCUGUGCACUUGCUUGUUGCCCGUGCAAGUGGAGGCCGUGGGGCAGCGGGCAGCAGAGGAGGGGAAGGUCGGCGCAGACAGCGAGAGGCGGAGGCUGAGGAGCAACCCCAACGUACCACCAGGUAGCAUUUCCCAGCCUGUGGUCACCAUUUCCUCUCGAUCCGUAGAGAGCAGGAGAACCCGGCGCUCGUCUUCGUUAUCCUCCAUCGGAGCAGUCUCUUCCAUUUUGAAGGUCUAGUCUAAUCCCGGCGGAUGUGAACUUUCCGUAUGUGUUCUCAAUUAGUUUGGAAAUGAGAUUCUGUUUCCUAAUCAUAUUCUCUUCUCUCUCUUCUUUUCU